UCGCUUUCCCCCAGCGGUGCGCUCCUUUGCAUCCGAUCAAAGGAGCCCCGCCGCCAGCUGCCACCUCUCCUCUUCCUUCCUUGCAAUGGCUCUGCGGAGCGAUCCAGAACCGGCUUGAAGCGGCCGGUGCCAGGAUGCACCGAGUCCCUUCUUCCCGCACGGCCCCGCGGCUGCUUCUCUGGGGCUCCUGUCAGGCGCCCUUCCUCCUCCCAGCCAAACGGGGGUGAUCUCGAGUCUCCCCUCUUUCUGGCGCGGCCAGCACGUGUUGGGGAGGGGCCGGGCCGGCCUCCCAUUCAUUCUCCCCACCCUCCAGCAGGAGGUGCCGGCACCAUAAAAAGGGCCCGCGAAGAGGGCGCCGCCGUUCAGGGUGCCAGAGGCGGCGGAGGGAGCCGGCGUGUCGCGCGCUUUGCUCGUGCCGGGGCUGACAAGCCAGCGAGCAAGCGAGCGAGCAAACAAGCAAGCAAGCAAGCAAGCGAGCGAGGAGCUUCGGGUUGCACAAACAGGCUCGGGUGAGCCAACAGCAGCAGCAGCCUCAGCAGCAUCCGCCAAGCCGGCCUCGCCAUGUCCGGCGCCGGCGGCGUGGUGAAGAAGCGCGGCUCGGCCGCCUCGUCGGGGCCGCCGCCGGAGGAGGAGGAGAAGAAGCAGAUGCUGUCCGGGGCGGCGGGCGGCGGCGGCGACGCGGGGCCGGAGGCUCACGAGAACGGCUGCGCGCCGCUGCCGUCUCCGGGCGCCGAGGGCGAGGACCCGUCUUCGCCCGGCGUGGCCCUGAAGCGCAACAUCACGCUGCUGAACGGCGUGGCCAUCAUCGUGGGCACCAUCAUCGGCUCGGGCAUCUUCGUGACGCCCACGGGGGUGGUGAAGGAGGCCGGCUCGCCGGGGCUGUCGCUGGUGGUGUGGGCGGCCUGCGGCGUCUUCUCCAUCGUGGGCGCCCUCUGCUACGCCGAGCUGGGCACCACCAUCUCCAAGUCGGGCGGCGACUACGCCUACAUGCUGGAGGUCUACGGCUCGCUGCCGGCCUUCCUCAAGCUCUGGAUCGAGCUGCUCAUCAUCCGGCCCUCCUCGCAGUACAUCGUCGCCUUCGUCUUCGCCACCUACCUCCUCAAGCCCAUCUUCCCCGCCUGCCCCGUCCCCAUCGGCGCCGCCAAGCUCGUCGCCUGCCUCUGCGUCCUGCUGCUCACAGCCGUCAACUGCUACAGUGUGAAGGCCGCCACCCGCGUCCAAGAUGGCUUUGCGGCUGCCAAGCUCUUGGCUCUCGCCUUGAUCAUCAUCCUGGGCUUCGUUCAGCUGGGAAAAAACGGUCCUGGAAUCCUGAGCCCUGAACACUCCUUUGAUGGCACGAAAUUGGAGGUUGGGAACAUCGUCCUGGCCUUGUAUAGCGGUCUCUUCGCAUAUGGAGGCUGGAAUUACUUGAAUUUUGUCACAGAAGAGAUGAUCAACCCUUACAGAAACCUGCCUCUGGCCAUCAUCAUCUCCCUGCCCAUCGUCACCUUGGUUUACGUCUUGACCAACCUGGCUUACUUCACAACGCUGUCUGUGGAUCAGAUGUUGGUGUCGGAAGCCGUUGCUGUGGAUUUUGGGAACUAUCACCUGGGCGUCAUGGCUUGGAUCAUCCCCGUCUUUGUUGGCCUGUCGUGCUUUGGCUCAGUCAAUGGGUCACUCUUUACUUCAUCCAGGCUGUUCUUCGUUGGUGCUCGUGAGGGACACCUGCCUUCUGUUCUGUCUAUGAUCCAUCCCAGGCUCCUCACGCCGGUGCCUUCACUCGUCUUCACAUGCAUCAUGACUUUGCUCUACGCCUUCUCCAACGACAUAUUCUCAGUCAUCAACUUCUUCAGCUUCUUCAACUGGCUCUGCGUGGCCCUGGCGAUCAUCGGCAUGUUGUGGUUGAGAUACAAGAAGCCAGAGCUGGAGAGGCCUAUAAGGGUGAACCUCAUUUUGCCCGUCUUCUUCAUCCUGGCCUGCAUAUUCCUGAUUGUCGUCUCUUUCUGGAUGACCCCAAAGGAGUGUGGCAUUGGCUUUGCCAUCAUUCUCAGCGGGGUCCCCGUUUACUACUUUGGGGUCUGGUGGAAAAACAAACCAAAGUGGCUCCUCCAGCUCAUAUAUUCCACGACAGUCCUGUGCCAGAAGCUGAUGGAGGUUGUCCCACAGGAAUCUUAAAACUAGAGGAAAGGCAUUCGGUCCAAAUCAACGCACAAUAUUAUUUUGAAAACCACGAGUACGUCGGACUCUUCGUUCAACAAGAAAGCAAACCUCGAAGCCAGGGGCCUGACAGUGACAAGUCCCUAGACCCCUGCUGCCUGCAUGGCCCUCCCCUCCCCUCCUCCCUCCCUCCCUCCCCUUCCCCCCAAGCCAGGCAGCUGACCAGAGGCAGGAGGCAAAGAGUCCCAGGUGCAAAUUUAAUCCAGGAAGAGAAGCUUCUGCUGGGAACCUCAAGAGGCCUCAGUAGACCCACCAACAGGGAAGCCAACAGGAUGGCAAUGUUUACAUGUACAGCUGUGGGCUGGACUCUUUGGUCUGUCCUUUGCUUGGUCCUCUCUUUCAUUAGCGGCCUAAGUUUCUCCACCCUGAGUUCCUUUGCAGAAGGAAAACGAGAGUUGCCAAGAAUCACCAGCAGGCCCACAACUGCCCCUCCACAUGUCCAGAAAGGACAAAGAAUCCAACGCAACUGAUUCUCUUGCCGGCGGAGGGUUUUCCUGGGGCGCAAAAAAAGUCUGUGCCCCUCUCACCCCGAGCUUUACACUCCUUAAAACAGAUGGACACGCACACAGGCAAAAACAAGGAAAACAGUGACGCUGAAAUUGUGGACUUGCACAGAUAUCAACUUAAUUCCACUCACAAAAAGACUUGGCUGCCCCAACAUGAACUUCUUUUUUUUUUUUAAUUAUUAUUGUUGUUAAUUAUUUUUUUUAGGGAUCUGCUUUUUAUUUUUCUCCCCUUUUUCCCUUUUAAGAUUCCCAUGUAGUUCCGCUUUGUAUUUGACUUGCAAUAAACAUUUUGUACAUGGUCACCCUUGUGACGUUCCUUCUGGGCGGCUCUUAAGUUGACACCUCUUGGGCACCCAAGCUAAAAGCUCCCUCCGGGGCCUCUGAAUCCACAAUGAUGUGGCACAGCGAUCUCUGUGGCCAGAAUUGAAACGCUGCCAGCUUUGGUGGCUACAGGAGAAAUCCAGCUUGCUCUCCAUGAUCAACCUUCGCCCAGUACCUUCUGCAGGAUCGAUCGGCGACUUCUGGCUGCACGGACGGUUAUGCCAAUCCCUGCCGCUUUUUCUUUCUGCACAGAGAGUCAUAGGCUCCAGUGACAUCCAUUUGCUCUUGGGGCUGGUAGGGGGAAGGGGUGGGAAGGACAGUUCCAUGUGAUGCCGAACCUGGAAGACUUGGAACAAAAGUUUGCAAACAGCAGAAGCUCUGGGUGGGCAGCAGCGGCCUGUAUCAGUUUUGUGUGCCUGGCUCUAGUUCACCCUUUGUGGAGGCUUUUUAACUGGCCAAGCUUGGAGUGUCUGCUGCCAUCUCACCCCCUGCCCCCCUGGCAGUGGUCUUAUGACUUCACGUCUUAGGGGACCAAGCAGGCAAGGGGGACCUGCUUGUAUACAAUUCAAUGUUAAUGUUUUGCUUCCGUUGUUCUGGCAAGCCCUCUUAUUUUUAUUUAAAGGUUUUCUCCUCUCUCCCUGUGCUAAUCGUUGGGAAUUAAACUUGACCCCUGGAAGUCCCGCCUUCCAGCCACACAGAAUUUCCAGCAUCCAUCAACACAGGAAGUAGUUCAGUCACACUAGGGCGGUGUUAUGGUCCAGCUGAGAGGCCCGUUUUUGAGGCAUAGGAGUGUAGCAAAUGUUUUGCAACAGGGGUAGCUGCCUUCCAGAUUUGGUUAGACUCCAGCUCUUAUCAGCCCCAGGCAGCAAAGCCAAUGGAGAGAGAUGUUGAGUCCAGCAUCAUUCAGAGGGCACCACACUGGCAACCUUAAAGAAGUUGUGGCAUUUGAGGGUUGGGGUUGUCCUUUUCAAAAGGCUGUUUAACUGCACGGCUACUGAGUGGGGUGCAUUGUAGGCCUUCCACCUCAGGCAUGGCAAUUGUGUUUUUUGUCCGGCUGCCUGUAUCUGAGCUGGCCCCAACCAUUUCAAGCCAGUGUUGUGCCUUUCACACUCCAAAACGAACCCUGAGAAAUUCAUCGUUUGGAGGGGUUACCAGGAAUGCUUUGACAGCAACCGUAGCCCAGUCCUGUGCCUUCCAGGUGUUGUUGGACCGCAACUCCUGUUGGCAAAGUUUCCUUUCACGAAAUUACAGUCUCCUGCAUUGAUUCAUUUGAUUAAGAGUCAUGAAUGUUAACGCCAAUUGAAGCAGAUAUUAUCCCUCCCCUCCCCAUGCUUUCAUAGUGCAAACAGACUUAAGGAGAGCCUAGCUGCUGGAUCAGGCCAAAGGGGGCCCACCUAGUCCAGCAUCCUGUUCUCACUGUGGCCAACCAGAUGCACCAAUGGGAAGCCUGCAAGUGGGACCUGGGUGCAACAGGAGUGCUGCUCUCCCCUCUUGCGAUUGCCAGCAACUGGUAUUCAGAGGCAUAUACUGCCUCCAACAGUGGAGGCGGAACAUAGCCACCUCCUCUGCUUACAGUGGCCAACCAGAUGCCCACGUGGGGAGCUCACAAGCACGGCAUGAGCACAAUUGUCCUCCUGCUCGUGAUCCCAGCAGUUUGUGCUAGCCAAGAGGCAUAUUAAGCCAGAAGGGGAGCCGUGCAAAUGUUUUGCUGAGAAUCUGUAUUUUCUUAGCUAAACCAGCAGGCAAAAGGGCAGGGGGACCAACAAUCAAGUCCUUCCAUGGGAAGCCAAAAGGAAGAAUGUAUUACUUCUCUUGGAUGAGACUUGCUUUAUGGUUUUGGCCCACCAUAAAGAGGAAUAAAAUGCCUGCCUUUUUAUAGUGGCAUUUACAAUGUCCAAGACACAAUGUACCAGUAUCAGUGCUGCUAAAGCUGCAAGUUUUGCUGUUGGUUACCCACUUUGUGCAAGGGGACCUUUUAGAGGAGGACCAAGCAUUUAGCGUAAUUAAUGAGAUGCAUGUAAUUCUCUAGCCAUCAGUUAACUGUUUUUAAUAAUGAUGUCAUCCUAAUCCUGGAGAACAUGAGUUAAGGGACCCUGUUUUUGCAUCGCAGAAAUCUCCCCUCCCCCCAGGUGUCACCUAAUUAAAAUACGUAUUAAUUGGUUGAUCAAAUUAGUUUGAAGCAAUUAAUUAAGUUUGCAUAUGAUCAACUUAUUGUUUUGAAGAUGUGGGGGGCUUGUGGCCCUUCAGCGGUCAGGCCUCCAACUCCCACCAGCAGCUAGCAAGGCCCAGGGGUUCAGGAGUGAUGGGAGUCCUAGUCCAGCAAUGCUGGAAGGGCCGCAGGUUAGCCUCUUCUGCUUUAAGUGGUACAUGUAUAUGUCAAAACAGGCACCAUCUUUGUGGGAGAGUGAAGGGAGCAUAGAUGCUGCCUCUUGUGGGGCCACUUUCACACCCUACAUUUAAAAUACCAUGAUACCGCUUUAAGCAGCUGUGGUUUCUGCCAAAGAAUUCUGGGAGCUGCAGUUUGUUGUGGGUGCUGAAAGUUGUUAAGAGACCCCUACAGUCCUCUCCCAGAGCUCUGUGUAAAGAGGGGUCGAGUAUUUAUCCACUCUGAGAAUCAGUGGCAAGCCUACAUUUUGGGGGACCUGAAGCUUGACCUGUUAUGGGGGCCCCUUCGCAACCAGCAAUAAAGUCUGGGUAGCCCCUGUUCUCUUCUUCAGUGGAGUUAUUCCAUGACAGAUCACCACACCGUUUCAACAUCUGUGCUCCUGACUCUCAAACUUUGGGAUUCUUAAAAUAUAUACAACAAAAAAAUAAUCAGUUUUGAGUUGUUCGACUCAAACUGAAGCAACAUGGACCAACGUUGCUUCUGGGGCCCCUCCGUGAUGAGGGGCCUUGAAGCUUAAGCUUCAUUUUUUCAUGCAAUCAUGGUCUCCUAACAACUCUCAACACCUUUAACAAACAAGCUUAGAGCUCCCAGAAUUCUUUGGGGUCAUCUACCUCUUGUGGCCCAAAUUAGAGGUGACCAAGAUGUGUGUAUUGUCAGAAGUGUUAGGCAUAUUUGUGUCUUUAUCUUUUUUGAGAGUUGGGUUCCGUGGGGAAAGUGCCCCACUUCCUAGCAGUUAAGAACACCCUACCCUGUCAACACAGAAGUUGGCCUUAACUUCCCGAUUGUUCUCUUUUCAGACAUGUACCAGAAUAAUGCAGUUGCUGUUUGCUGUUAACAUGUACGUGUUGUUGAAAUGUGGCAACUGUUCUUUCCAAAUAGGCAAAGUAGUUUUGUAAAAGCAGAAUAGGCAGACAAUUGAAGGUUGCCUUUGUCGUCUGUUGUGGUGCCAAGAAUGGCAGGCAAAUAACUGGAGGGCUCAGAAUAUUACCAAGGGAUACAUUUCUAAGUCUUCAUGACUGCUGUGAAUGGUUUUUAGAGCUCUGUGAGUGGCUGUGUACCAAACACGUCCUCUGUCUUCAGAGCUUUGUGCUGCAAAACUGCUUGCAUCCCCCCGCCCCCAAACUACGAACUUCAAGGAAGUAAGUUGACACUGAAGUUACUUUUUAUGAAUAGGGCAAGUCAUGUACUGUACAAGAUAUGAAGGGCCCUGUGGAUAAUCACCCUUUUCGGAGAACGGGUCACCUUUUUACAGUGUUUAUUGUGACUUGUGGCAUGUUUAUCGUAAGUAUAUAUUGGAUGAACGCUGCUAACUACUGGGGCAAGAGCCUAAUACAAGCACCUCGUUGAAAAGUUGGUUUUGAGAGCAAGAUGUAGUGUAAAACCAAGAAUGCAGGGGAGCCAGCUCUGAGAUUGUUAAGUUGCAGGCAGACUAGCAUGCUUUUGUGGUUUUCUUACUUCUCCUUAUGCUUCACUGGAAAUUUAGAUUUGAAAAAAUGUGCUAGUUUUAGUCCAGUUCAGUGUUUGCAUCUGCCUUUCUCAAACAUGCAAGUAGAAUCCAAAAUAUUCCGAUUCCUGUUCUUGGCAGCUAAAAUCUUUCUUAAGUAUUUACUUGAAAGAAGAUAAGAGAUGCCCAAUUUGAAAAUAUAUGUAUUUGUAUAUAUUUUAAAAAGAAGAUAACAGAUCAGGAUUUCCCCUAGCAGUAAUUAAAUGCCACUGGGAUACCAUUUCUCUUUUAAGUUUCACUGAACCCCUCUCCCCAUUUUUUAUUGCAGAAUACGACAAUAAUUCCAAUGACGCUCAUAAUGUGCUUUAUUUUAUUUUGCAAACCACUACAGCUGUUUCUGGACUUGUAAUGAAAUGUUUUGUUGUUUGUUAACUUUCUUUCUUUAAUUAUUAUUCCUAACAAAAGGUCUUGGGUAAGAGGCUCCCUUUUCUUCCCACACGAGGCAUCAAACACAUGGCUAACAAACGGUGGAGCCAUCCUAAUUGUGCAAUGUCUCUUUGGGUCCUUAAGUUUUAUUAAAAGAAUGUACCCAAACACUUUCCUCAAAAGAGCUGAGCUGAAGUUGAUGACUAAAGCCACUGGUUGCUUUUAAUGAUCUUCUUGUGGGUUUUUUGUUUUUGUUUUCAUCGAGUAAUGCUACCUAAGGCCACCAUACAUUUAAAGCACAGCGAUAGCACAAGCCAGUCGUGGCUUCCCCCAAAGAGCUCUCUCUUUCAUGCUUCCUGUGUUAAUUUUGCUGUAAUCUUAAGUUUUAAGGACUUCUAAAGGGGCACAAAUGAAUGAUUAAAGCUGGGUGACUUUAUAUCCAUUUAUUCCCAGUGUGGGUGAAAUGCACUUUGUUGCUACUCGUCUAAAAUAGUCUGCCCCCGAAUGGUGUAGGUUGAGAGCUGCUUCUGGUUUCAAAAAACAGGAAGACUCCCACUAAAAUCAUUUGCCAGCAGGAUAUUAAUACAUCAGGCUUGUGGGAACGCUUUGUGCAUAGCUAGCUGAGUUGUUCUCCGCAAAAUGACUCUUAUUACAUGUCAGUUUCAACUUAUAUAGAAGUUUGCAGACAUGCCAGGUCUUGAAAUUGACAAAUAAAAGCAUUAUAGGGGUAUCUCGGGUUACAUACGCUUCAGGUUACGUACGCUUCACGUUACAGACUCCGUUAACCCAGCAGGAGGCCCCAUUAGCUAAAGUGGUGCUUCAGGUUAAGAACAGUUUCAGGUUAAGAACGGACCUCCGGAUCGAAUUAAGUACUUAACCCGAGGUACCACUGUAUGUGAAGAGGCUGCUGAAUGGCUCUUCAUUCUGGCUUAGCCUUAUUGGAGUCCAUAUGGCUGCUGGGGCCCAGCCUCUCUGGAACUGAACCAGAGCAUGACGACUGCCCUGUUCUGUGAAGCGAGGGUGCACCACGCAUGUAGUUUGGAACCCCCCUACGUGCAGAUAGAACAUUUCUGUCUUGAGCAUGAAGCCCCUGUGCGCAUGGCGUUUCAUAAGUGUGUCCCACUCCAAAGAGUCUUCAUCUUAUAUGAGCUUUCCCUGGAGUAGGAGAGCAAGCCCUUCCUCCUCUGUCCUGCAGUUCCGCAUGGAAGGAACAGUAGUUUCUCUGCCCCUGCCCCUUCUAAUCAAUCCUCAACAUGGGGAAGUCCAAUCCAUUGCACGGACCUUGCACAGAGGCUCUCUCAGCCAAGGGGGUUAUCUUUAUGCCCCCCCCAAGUAUAUAAUAUUGACUCCCUUACAAAUCUCUCCCCCUUUCUUUUAACAUAGUUAUUUUUUUAAAAGUAGGGAAAAUGUAAACUUAACUUUAAAAGGUUUUUUUCGUUAUUCUUGAAGCAAAGUAUUUUUUACUAAUUUAAUGAUUAUGCUAGAUUUUAAAUGGCUUAAAUAAGAAAUAUCUUAAGUGUCUCAAUUCAAAAAGUGCCGUUUUUAUUAUGACGUUUGCAUUUGUGGGUAUAGCUUUGUUCCAAUAUUUGUGUUGUUUGUUCUCCCUUCUUCUUAUUUUAUUAUCAGUUCUGUAGUAAACUCGGUCAAUUCCGCUUUGUAAAAAGAUGUAUAAUCUCUUGGUUGAGUGUGUCCCCCCACCCCUUUUGGGUCUCUUUUUGCUGUUCAUAAUUAACAAUUUCUGUUACCUUUUGAAUGUGUUUGAUUUUUAAAUUGAACGAAGUGCUCUGAAUUAUAACACUGCUGUUGCUGGUC